AUGGCUCAGUACAACGAUCACGAAGCAAUGGACAAGAAGAUAGCUCAGGCUGAUGAUGUGUACGAGCUUGACCCGUCCUCCCCAGAGGAAGAAGUCACCCCAGCAAAUGGAACAACGCAAGAUUCUCGCGAUAUGUCCCGACUCGGGAAGGCGCAGCAGUUUCAGCGAAACUUCCGCUACAUAUCUAUGCUUGGAUUCUCCAGUACAUUAAUGGCGACCUGGGAAUGCGCUCUUGCUACGGCCGGGCUGGCUCUCAUUAAUGGUGGACUAGGAGGAUUCGUUUGGACCUUUCUGAUCACGACUAUUUGUUUUCAAGCUGUGGUUGCCUCAAUGGCAGAUAUGGCUUCGAUGGCACCAACAACAGGUGGACAGUACCACUGGGUCUCAGAGUUUGCCCCUAAGAGCAAGCAGAGAUUCCUGAGCUAUAUGGCUGGUUGGACGUCUGCGUUAGGAUGGCAAGCUGCACUGGCAAGCGCUUGCUUUCUCUCCGCCACCAUGAUCCAAGGCCUGUUAGUUCUGAACCACGAGAAUUACGUCCCUGAGCGCUGGCAUGGAACACUCCUCCUCGUUGCGAUCGCUCUUGUUGCCACCUUUGUCAACACGUAUGGCGCCAGACAUUUGCCCAUGCUCGAAGGCAUCAUUCUUCUGCUGCAUAUCUUGGGAUUUUUCGCCAUCAUCAUCCCACUCUGGGUGUUGUCACCAAAGGUUUCGGCAAGCGCUGUCUUCACAAGUUUCAAUAACGGAGGGGGCUGGUUGAAUGCCGCUGCGGCCUGCACGAUUGGUCAACUUUCGUCGCUGUUCUCCUUUCUUGGUGCGGAUUGCGUGGCCCAUAUGUCGGAGGAAAUCCGUGAUGCUUCAAAGAUCGUGCCUCGCACCAUGGUCAGCACCGUCACGCUGAAUGGCGUCAUGGGCUUUGUUGCAGUCAUAACCUUCUGUUUCUGCAUAACGGAUCUGGACGCCGCGUUGGCAAGCUCGACUGGAUACCCCUUUAUUGAGGUUUUUUAUGCCGCCACUAACUCCAAGGCUGCCGCAACUGGCAUGGUUGUCAUCUUUAUUCUCCUGAUUAUCUGCGCCGCGAUCAGCAAUCUUGCCACUGCAUCUCGACAGGUAUUCGCUUUCGCCCGCGAUCACGGACUGCCGUAUCCUCAAGUCGUCAGCAAGGUUUCCAAAGUCGGUGUCGAAAUUCCAUUAAACGCCAUCUUGAUCUCCCUUACAAUCACGACGAUCAUCGGUCUCGUCAAUAUUGGAUCCACCGCCGCAUUCAACUCCAUCGUCUCACUCGUUGUGGCUGCUGACCUAUCGACCUAUGGACUUGCGAUUGGCUGCGUCCUACUCCGCCGGCUCCGGGGCCUACCGCUACUCCCUACCCGGUGGUCAAUGGGCCGUUGGGCAGUCCCAGUCAACGUGCUAUCAUUGGCUUAUAUCGCUUUCGCUCUCCUUAUGUCCUUCUUUCCAACUGCAAAGGCUGGGCUUACACCACAGAGCAUGAACUACUCGAGCGUUAUCUACUUUGGUGUUAUUGGUAUUGCUCUAGUUCUCUAUUUUGUUCAUGGUCGCAGUGUCUACAAAGGACCUGUAACAUAUGUCCGCCGCCUCGAUUAG